AUGUUGUACACCGCUGAAGGAAUGCUGCAAAACUUUGCAGAUAUUAUAGAAAACUAUGGUUUCAUCCCUAAUUCGGGUAGCGUCCAGUUGUCUCGUCGGACGCAACCACCACUUUUUGUGCAAAUGGUUAAAGACUAUUUCACUAUUACAAAACGUAAGGACAGUUUAAAGCGGUGGAUACCAGCGAUGGACAUUGAGAUGCAGUUUUGGUUCUCUAGAAGACGAGUGCUAAUUGAUUUACCUAGCAAGCGAACAGCCCAAGUUUUUAUCUACCGGGUAAAUAUUUGGCAGUUCAGUUCCAGUGAUUCUAACGAGUUCUCUUCACUUAUUCACGCUGACUUUCAGCCCGAAACUAAUUGUCCACGACCGGAAAGUUUUCUUUCUGAUUUCUACCUUGGCAUGAACAAUACCGAUCCCAUGAGUUCUUGGAAAGCGUUGGCAACUGCAUGUGAGAGUGGUUGGGAUUUCAGCAGCCGCUGGUUUGAUCAUGAAGGCAUUCGAAAGUAUAAGAAAGUGUCUAUUCGCGGUCACACAAUCGUCCCGGUCGAUUUGAACGUGUUCAUGGCUCUGAAUAUGGAUUUCCUCUCAGAAUCUCAUGCCCUUUUGGCCAAUCAUAGUAUGUCUGUGUUCUAUCGUAAAAUGUAUGAUAUGCUUCUAUCCGACAUCAAUUCGUUGUUUUGGAAUGCAGAUGAGGGAUCAUGGUUCGACUAUGACAUUAGUAAAGGGAAACAGAGGACUGACUUCUACCCUUCUAAUGUGUUCCCUCUUUUAUUGAGGGAAUCAAAGGCGUAUGCCGCAGACGUACAUAAUUAUUUGGAGAGAAUUGAUGUUUACCGUUACCCUGGAGGAGUACCGUCAACUUUCCCCGUUACGUCUGCUGAGCAGUGGGAUUUUCCUAAUGUGUGGGCACCAACACAACAUCUUUUUAUCGAAAGUCUUCUUAGAUCACAACAUUCCGUUCUACGUCAGGCAAGAAUGUUUUGGGGUGCGUGUAUGCGUGCAAGAGCUUUCGAUGAAGCUAAUAAAUUCAUCAGUACUGUUUUCAAUGGUCUAUUUAACCCGAAGGAAGGCAUGCCUGCUGGAGUGUGGGAAAAGUACGAUGCUCGCAGUCCGGAUGGUAAACCUGGUGGAGGAGGAGAGUACGUAGUUCAAGAGGGUUUCGGAUGGACAAACGGCGUCGUUAUGGAUCUGAUAAAUCUAGUCAGCCGCAAUGAUUUGCCAUGGAGUACUGGUGCAGUGUGGUUGACGUCGUUAAUAAUCGAAGACCAAAUUUUCGCUGUACCUGCCGUGAAUCGAAGCCAACUCAUAUGUCGACUGGUACACUCUCCUCUCAUUCUCACCAAUUUACGUACAAACCAUACAUGA